AUGGGGAAACCAAACUUUCAGCAGCUAUUGAGAAACUCGAAGUUUGCUCAAGUACCUAAACCUCUCCAGGAAAACAUUCUCAAAACUUCAAGGGUACCCACCCAUUUAGUUAUCAAUACCCCUCCAGGUGAUGUUGCAAGAUCUGAAUUUGGGAUGAAAACCACAUUGCCAAAACCCAUCUCGGCUCAAUAUAUUGCAUUCAAUAACAUUGAUAACAAAAUCAGUAUGCCUGAUGUUGAAUUUUCUCCAGGACCAUAUUUCAAUAAGGUUAAAUUUCAAGAACUUGGAAUUCCAGUACAUACCACUCAUCAACGAGAAAGUCCAUUAUUUCCAGCUACCAAAAACAAAUCACAACCUACAAAUACUGGAGGAAGUAUGGCAAAUUGGUUGAAUUUAUCUGAUGAUUCAUCAGUCAAAGAAGUGAAAAUCAUUUUAAAACAAAAUCCAGUCAUUUAUAAAGAUUUCAAAAAUUGGUUACUUGAGAAUCAUCCAGUUGCAUUACUUGAACAAGUUCCAGCAAUUACUAUGAAUGAAUAUUUAAGGAAAUUCUUACAAGAAUCUCAAGGUGUUGUUAGAAAAAAAAUCGGAUUGACUGAUUUCACUAAGGAAAAAGGAGGUCGUCCUUCUAUUCACGGUACUGGUGGAUUAUCUUAUAAUCAAAAAGGUAGAAUAACCAAUACUCCCAAUGGUCUUAAAUAUGACACUGUGGCUCCAGGUAGAUUGGUCGGUAACAAAGAAGCUUCCAUCGCCGGGUUUGUUGUAUAUGUUCACGAUCAUACUAUUGGAUUACAAAGAAAUUAUGCAAAAAAUUAUCCAGCAAAACAUACUAGACAAUUCGUUAUGCCAUUUAAGAUCGAAGCAGCUGAACUUAAUAGGGAUGGUUCCGUCAAGCUCACGGCUGAUGGUAUAAGAACUGGUGAAUGGAUGCAUAAAAAGUCAAGUCAACCAGUAUUGGACGGUUCUGAAACUAGAUCUACCAGUAGAAUUAGAGGUGAAAAUGAUAGUUUACAAAGUUUAUUAAAUUUGAUCCUUCCUACCAGUUAA